AGUAUGGGAAAAAAAACAUAAAUAGGGUCGAUUUGUAAAAUUUAAAACCAAAACUACAUUACCAAAAAAAAAAAAUGUCAAUUUUUUACAAAUUUAAUUUGAUAUUUAGUUUGGUUCAAUUUCCCAUGAACACCCUAGUGAUAAGUAUAUAUAGCUCAGCUCAACCAUAUAUGUGAAGUACACCAAGAAUAUCCAUGGAGACUCCUUCAUAUGAUAUCAAGAACAAAGGUGGCGAUGUGCAAGAAAAAACAAAAGUGGAACAUGAUAAGAGAGAAGAUGAAAAGGAGAAAAUAAUUGAAAAAGAGACUCCAUCCCAAGAUAUCGGCAACAAAGGUGGCGAUGUGCAAGAAAAAACAAAAGUGGAACAUGAUAAGAGAGAAGAUGAAAAGGAGAAAAUAAUUGAAAAAGAGACUCCAUCCCAAGAUAUCGGCAACAAAGGAGAUGAUGCACAAGAAAAACCAAAGGUGGAACGUGAAGAGGGAGGAGAUGAAAUAGAGAAAAUAGUUGAAAACGAGACUUCAUCCCAAAUUAGCAUCAAGAUAGAAGAUGACGCACAAGAUAAUAUAAAGGUGGAAUAUGAGGAGGAAGAAGAUGAAAAAGAGAAAACACUUGAAAAAGCGACUCCACCCCAAGAUAUCAACAACAAAGGAGAAGAUGCACAAGAAAAACCAACGGUGGAACAUAAGGAGGACGGAGAUGAAAAAGAGAAAAUAGUUAAAGGAGAUGAUGCACUAGAAAUACCAAAGGUGGAAUAUGAGGAAAGAGAGGAAAAGAAGAAAGUUGUAAUACGAGUAGAUCUUGCGGUUCAUUCAACACCUCCAUCAAAGCGCCCUCCUCCCAAAAUGCAAACAGACAAUAAUAAACUCUAGCUAAUUAUAUAUGUGUGUCGAGGCAGUGGUAAGGUCGUGUACACUCUAUCUUCCACCUACCUUAUUUGUAUGAUUUUAGUGGGAAUGUUGUUGUAUGUGUGUGGUGUCGGGGUAGUGGCAAGGUCUGUUAUAUUCUACCUUUCCUAGACUUCACUUUUAUGAUUUUAUGGGAUAUGUUGUUGUAUGUGUGUUUUUUUUAGUGUGUGUGGAGGAAGUGGUAGGAUCUGAGUACACUGUCCUUUUGCACUACACUUGUGAGAUUUUACUGAAUAUGAUAUUAUAUGUGUGUUGUGUGAGAUCUAUCCAGAACUCAAUAAAUGAAAACAUCAGAAUUCGCCUCCAA